ACACGUUGAAAAUUCCUUUGAAGGUCGUUUUUAGUUUUACUUACUGGGAUAUUUUAUUGGAAUCUUUAAACACUCACAUGAUCCCAAACUGUAAAAUCGCUUGGUGUUUGGACGGGCCAUGCUGCGCCGGGAUACAGUCUUGGCUUCUCUUCUGCUCUCUUGCUUGGUAACAUCUCCUGUACAUGGCAUUGUCGUAUCACAAGUUACAAAAGGUUUUAUGCAACAAACCCAUAAACAAAUCUACUGACUCUUCUGUCGACGAUUAUGUAGAUAAGAACCAAACCCGUUAGCGAAAUUAUUAAACUAUUGUCAUUCUAGCCGUCCAUCCGGGCAUAUCUUCUUUAUGUGAGGAUAACAUUUGAUUGUGGAAUAAUUCUGUUUAUUGUCGGUUGUCCCUAAGGUAAGAAAUGUGCCAUAGGCGUUACGAUUAGUCAUCCCCGACGUUUUAUGAAGAAUUAGUAGCUCUUCAAUAAAUACGGAGUUAUCUCCAGAGCUUCUGGCGUCAGUGCCGGCUGUUACGCGGUCACAGUUCGCGAUAAUCACAGCUUCGUGCAAGCGGGAAGCGUUUAUAGUAUUCCAAACACACCGAUUUCGAACAGCCGCGCCCGAAACCGCUACGAAACUACUCAACAAACAGUUACUCGCAACUAGCAUGACAGAAAAAUGUGUUUUAUUAUAUGAAUUCAUCUCCAGAUUAACGCAUCGUUUUAAGCUUUUAAUGAGGGCAUAAGAACUGUCAAAAUUCAUCUCGUCAUGUUACGAAAUUUCGUAUUUUGCGCUUUUCUCUUUGCUGUGGUUCUGCACCAUUGUCGCUGCGCUUCAAAGUCCAAAAACUCGAGUCGCACUUUCUUCAAAUACGGCUAUGCCGUUUACAAACCUGGCUGGAGUUUGGAUUACGACGGAUACCUUCAGAUGUAUUUCAAAACAGAGAAACAAGAUGCCAUGCUACUCUACCAGGACGAUUCCCAUGAGGCAGGACAAUUCAUGGAUAUUUUCUUAGUGAACGGAAAACUCCGGCUUAGAAUGGCUAUCGGGAGUUGUAGCUACGCGGAAAGGACUGUAAAUGGAAGUUUCUCUGAUCUCAAGUGGCAUAAACUUGUCAUACGCCGAGAGUUGGAGGAGACUGUUGUUUCUGUUGAUAAUAUUACAACUGAGCCCAUAAAAUGUUCAGCACAGCUUUCUAAAAUGGUCGCCAUGUAUGCCGGCUAUCUGACACUGAGCCAAAGAAGAGAAGGCUCGUGGGUUUUUCCAACGGCGUUCUGGCAGUCUAUGCAACACGGCUUCGUAGGAUGCACUCGAGGUAUGAAGUAUGGUUACCUCGGCAAGGAAUCUCGACCCAAAAUCAAUCGUACUAACGGUACGCGGGUAGGCUGUGGUAAUGCGUGCGCGGUCCUCAAGUGCAGAAAUGGCGGGAAAUGUGUCAACAGGAUUAUCGUGGCCGAGUGCGACUGUCGGGGUACUGGGUACGAGGGAAAGCACUGUGCAAGAGUCAUACCAACCACUCCGCGGGCCACAACUGCCGUCACCUCACCUAUCCCGAGUACCAAGUCACCAGUGAGGAUCGAGGUGCGAAAGCAGAAGGCCAAGGCGCCCGCUGACACCAAUAAAAACUACAGCUGGCGCACAAAGCCUGCUGUCUGGGUCUCCAUGGCGACUGUUGUUCUAGCUGUCAUAGCGCUGUAAAGACUUGAGUGCCGUUUGUUGGUGAAUUGAGACGAGUUGGUGAAGGCAGCGCGCAAACCCGUAGUCUCAUUUGUUCGGCUUGGAUGACCCUUUUACUGCCAAUGAGUUGCUGUGUUGCUAUGAAAGAAGGGUAGUUAUCAAACUCUCAUGUUUAAUUCUGUGAUGGUUCGAGCUGACAUUGGAAGUACAGUAGAAAACAGAAGUUGUCAUACAACAGUGUUCAAAGUGACCUUGACCACUACCCUCCAACUUUUGGCCAUAAUUGGAAAUUUAGCUCGAAACUACAUCGCUCGUGUAUCGAGUUGUUUUAUCGCGAAAGACUGUAGUUACCAGUGUCAGGGGAUUUCUUUGCGCUAGCUGGGGGGGGGGGGGUGGGGUGGCCCAGCCCCCCCUUCUAGCAGCCAAAAAUACAGUAAUGCAUGAGACAUUGUCUAAAAUACUUGAGAAAAUGCCUUGAAAGGGCCUUUUGGCCCCCCUCCUGUUAACAACCCUAGCUACGCCGCUGCUAGCAAUCAUCUUUCAAAACUUUUCAUCGAAAGGGAAGAAAACUAAGAAACAAAAGAAGUCUUUUGAGCUUUUAUGGCUUUCUAAUAUUUUAGAGAGAAAUAACAAAAAUUUUUGUUUUUUUAUUUUUUAUCUAGUACAGAAAUGUGAGGGAAUUCAUAAUCGGAUUUAGUCCAAGAAUUCUACUAGGUGAGGGACACAAAGAUGGGGGCAAAGCUAAGAUGGAGUCAGAAUGCGACGAAAUAAAAAAAAAAAAUAAGCAUAAAAUUGAUUUCUACAUACCAGUUUUUUUUGUAUGGAAAAAAACUUUAUUUUCCUGGGGGAAAUUUUCUCCUCCACCUGGGUCUAGAACAAAGGUACUGGGAAUCGCGAAAGGCGUGACCCUAAACGAUGACUGUAUCAUGUCACAUCUAUACUUCUAAAACAAGGCGUACAAUUUGAGGUGAUUUGCAUAAUCCAACCUUACCAUGUCUGUCAUGAGCCUUUUCGUGACAAUGAUCCCACGUUUCUUCAAAUCGUUGAUACUUCAAGCUACGUCUCUAGAAAUCAUCAUCUCCAUGGGAAUGGGCUUGUCCAAGGCCCCGCGCUGGCUCACAGUUCAACUCCGAGCACAGGAAACCCAUUUAAAAGGCUUAACUAAAUUGCGUACCGAUACUAAGUUCAAAAUAAACCUUGUUUAUCCCAUCCCUCCACUAUGAAGUAGUUCAUACUAGGUGAAGAAUAAUUAUCCGUCUUCACAGCAUCUUCUGGUUAAAACCAUCAUUUCAGAAUGGCGAGAUAAAAAGAGCAUGGCAGCCAUGUACUGUUUUAGCUUUUUAAUUCUUUUUAUAAACAUAACGCUUUAUAAACUCUACCCGACACACUCAAACUUGCAAAUAAAUAGCGAAUUAUAUGUGAGAUAUAAUUUAUUAUCUAUUCUUCGAUUUUUUUUGUGUGAAACAUGUUUGUCACUUUUGUUUGGUACUAUUUAAGUCAAUUAAUUGUAAAUAGGCCUUAGAAAAUAGAAGCAUUUGGAAUGCAUCCAGGAAUAAAAAAAACAUAUUGAAUUAAAAUUCUUAUAGGGUCCACAGAAAUAAAAAUGCAAAA